AUGAUGGCAAGUGAUGGCUUGAAAACCCAAGUUCCUGUUGAAGAAAAUGGAACUAAAGAAGAAGAGAAAAUUGGGAAUUUAAAGGCUUCUGUUAGCAAUGAAAACGGUGAAUCAUCUGAUGUUUCAUCUGUAAUACAAAAAGAAGAAGAAGAAGAAGAAAAAGCAGAAGAAGAGACCAAAGAAGUCACAAAGAAGAAAAAGAAGAAAAAUAAAAGCAAGAAAAAGAAGGAAUUGCCAAAGCAGACUGAUCCCCCUCUAUUCCCGUUGCUGAUCUCUUUCCAUCUGGGGAGUUUCCUGAAGGUGAAAUUCAACAAUACAAAGACGAGUGAUAAUUUGUGGAGGACUACUUCUGAAGAGAAAAGAGAGUUGGAGCGUCUUGAAAAGCCAAUGUAUAAUUCAGUUCGCCAGGCAGCAGAAGUUCAUCGCCAGGUUCGGAAGUAUAUGAAAAGCAUUUUGAAGCCUGGAAUGUUAAUGACUGAUCUAUGUGAGACCUUGGAAAACACAGUUCGUAAGCUAAUAUCAGAGAACGGUCUACAAGCAGGCAUUGCAUUUCCUACUGGAUGCUCUCUGAACUGGAUCGCUGCUCAUUGGACCCCAAAUUCAGGGGAUAAGACUGUGCUUCAGUAUGAUGAUGUGAUGAAAUUGGAUUUUGGAACCCAUAUUGAUGGGCAUAUUGUGGACUGUGCAUUUACAGUGGCAUUCAACCCUAUGUUCGAUCCACUACUAGAAGCUUCACGCGAAGCAACCAACACGGGUAUCAAGGAAUCUGGGAUCGAUGUGCGUCUUUGCGAUGUUGGUGCUGCCAUCCAAGAAGUCAUGGAAUCAUAUGAGGUUGAAAUUAAUGGAAAGGUGUUUCAAGUAAAGAGUAUCCGAAAUUUGAAUGGGCACAGCAUUGGGCCUUAUCAGAUUCAUGCUGGAAAAUCCGUUCCCAUUGUUAAAGGAGGGGAGCAGACAAAAAUGGAAGAGGGUGAAUUUUUUGCAAUUGAAACAUUUGCAUCUACAGGCAAAGGAUAUGUAAGAGACGAUCUAGAGUGCAGCCAUUACAUGAAAAAAUUUGAUGUUGGCCAUAUGCCACUUAGGUUGCCAAGAGCAAAGCAACUGCUAGCAACAAUCAAUAAGAACUUCUCCACAUUGGCCUUUUGUAGACGUUAUUUAGAUCGCCUGGGAGAGACUAAAUAUUUGAUGGCACUAAAGAAUCUGUGUGAUUCUGGCAUCGUUGAGUGCAGGAUCAUGUAUUUCACUGAAAAUGUUACCAGAGAAAUAGAAACUCUUGCGGCCUCUGAAUUAAAUGCUUCCACUUUCCUCGAUUUAGUCGAGGAUCAAGUCAGCAUGGACAGUUUGUCGUGGAUGGAUUCUUUUAAUUUGUGUAUCCGAUUGGAUCAGUUCGUAACUAAAUGUCGGAAACAUAUUGCAAGGAAUAAAUCAAGAACAUUUGUUGAAAUGGAUAGAGCACUUAGAUAUGACAUGGUUGGUUCUAGAAGCGAAAUCCCGAAAUGGUUCAACUAUCAGACUCUUGGUGACUCAAGAAUAACUAUGCAGCCGCCACCAGUUUGGCAUGAUAAGGAUUGUGGAUUUGCCUUCUGUGCAGUUUACGAAAACCGGAAUAAUCGACCGAGGCUACACGCAACAUUGAGGCUAGGUUUAUUGACUUGUGAAGACGGUUCCGUGACUGCAGUUGUUGAUUAUGUUUCUGAUAGAGAUUUGUUGGGCCCUUUAAAGGACCUUCUGUAA